AGAAAAUGUAACAUCAGCCAUCUUACGAUCUUACGUCUCUUUUACAGAAGACAGCUUGUGGAAGACAACAUGAGCUCCUUGAAGCUGCAAAAGAGGCUAGCAGCCUCUGUUAUGCGAUGUGGCAAGAAGAAAGUCUGGUUGGAUCCGAACGAAAUUAAUGAAAUUGCGAAUACGAAUUCUAGUAAGUUGCGUUUUGAUGGUCUUAUUAUUAAGAAGCCUGUAGCUGUACAUUCGAGAGCUCGAGUUCGUAAAAAUACCGAAGCUAGACGCAAAGGUCGUCAUUGCGGUUUUGGUAAAAGAAAGGGUACGGCAAAUGCACGCACACCCCAAAAAGAUCUUUGGAUUCAAAGGAUGCGAGUCCUUCGUCGCCUUUUAAAGAAAUAUCGUGAAACGAAGAAGAUUGAUAGACAUCUGUAUCAUUCGCUGUAUAUGAAAGCUAAAGGUAAUGUUUUCAAAAAUAAGCGAGUAUUGAUGGAGUUCAUCCACAAAAAGAAGGCAGAGAAGGCCCGUGCUGAAAUGUUGUCCGAUCAGGCUGAGGCUCGACGCACCAAGGUCAGGGAAGCUCGUAAACGUCGUGCGGAACGCAUUGCGUCAAAGAAGCAAGAACUAUUGCAAUCGUAUCAACGUGAAGACGAUGCUGCAAAGAAGUAAACUGUGCGAUGUAUUUUAAGUAAAAAUUAUAUAAAUAAAAUGGAAAAAAAUCAUUU